AUGGACGCCUCCUCCCUCCGCAUCUCCAAGUUCGAUGGAACUAACUUCCACGCCUGGAAGUUCAAGAUGCAGAUGGUGCUGGAGGAACGGGACCUAUGGGAGGUCGUCAGCGGUGAGAUCAAGGCGGAACAGUGCGAGACUCAGUUGGACCAAGCGACGUACAAGAGGAAGUCAAGAAAGGCGAUGGCAGUGAUCUGUCUAGCCAUGGAAGAUUCCCAGCUACCGUUGGUCCGGUCGGCAAGUGGUGCAUGCGACGCAUGGUCAAGGUUGGAAGACCACUUCGAGAAGAAGAGUCUUGCCAACAAGCUGUUCUUGCGCCGUCGCUUCUUCACGACAAUGAUGGAAGAAGGCGACGAUGUGCUCGAACACAUCAACAAGCUCAAGACGCUGGCGGAACAGCUAGAAGCGGUGGGGGCUCCAGUCUGCGAGGACGAUCUGGUGAUCACACUUCUCGGCAGCCUGAGUGACUCGUAUCAAUUCUUGAUCACAGCUUUGGAGUCGCGCUCAGACACUCUUAGCUGGGAGCUCGUGACGUCUCGACUGCUUCAUGAAGAAAUGAAGCGGAAGGAGCAAGGAAGUAAAGGUGAUGAAGCUUCGCAAGGUCAAGCGUUCAUCACAAGGGACAAUCAGCGCAAAGGGCAACCAGUGAAGAAGUCCUGGCCGUGCCACAAUUGCGGAAAGAUUGGUCACUGGAUGGCGGAGUGCCCCUCGUGCAUCCAAGAAAACACGGAGAGACACCGGCCACAGCGUGCUCAAGACAGCGGCGACCGCUAUCGAUCACAACGUGCAAACGUCGCUCAAGAAGAAGACUCGGGCGACUACCUCUUUUCGAUCGCACAUGACGUGCUCCAAGAAGUUCAUGCGGAACUACAAGGGGUUUGA